CAGUGGAGCACGAGGGACAGUUGGAGGGCGUGUCGUGCUAUCCGGGAACACCUGUGGUGUAAUAUCAGCUGAGUCACGCAUUAGUUGGAAGGUCAUACUGUAUUAAGCGCAGCACUAUUUCGAUCAAAGUUACUAAUACUGAAAGCUUCACAGGAGGCGGAACUUUGUUUGUCCCAUGGGUCUGUCCUCUUCUUUUUUGUCGAACCAAACUGUGUCGCAACCCACACAGAGAGGAUCAACCAUCAUGAAGCUCCGCACAAAGCAAACUUUCCUUUUUCUAGCGUCUGUUUUAUUUCUCUGUGUUGCUGCAGACCUACAUGCACCUGAAGUCCACACAAAGCUUGGGAGCCUGAGAGGUGAGUAUGUGAGUGUAAAGGGGAAAGAGACUGGGGUCCAUGCCUACCUGGGUGUCCCAUUUGCCAAGCCACCCGUAGGCCCUGCUCUGAGACUGGCUGCACCUCAGCCUGUAGAGGGAUGGGAAGGAGUGAGAGACGCCACCCAGCAGCCACCCAUGUGUAUUCAACAUAAGCAGUUUACUAUAGAUCUGCUUGAUAAACUCCUAGGCAUGUCAGUAGUUCUCCCAGAUAUUUCAGAAGACUGCCUUUACCUCAACAUUUACACUCCUGCAAACAAAGCUCAUGAUGGCAAGCUCCCAGUCAUGGUUUGGAUCCACGGUGGAGGGUUUGGUAUAGGAUCAGCUUCAAUAUAUGAUGGCUCGGCCUUGGCUGCUUACCAGGAUGUGGUUGUGGUUCUGAUCCAAUACCGCUUGGGACUUUUGGGCUUUCUUAGCACGGGAGAUGAGCACAUAUCAGGGAACUUUGGCCUGCUGGACCAGGUAGAAGCCCUGAGGUGGAUCCAGCAGCACAUUCACAACUUUGGAGGAGACCCUACUUCAGUUACCAUAUUUGGGGAGUCUGCAGGUGGAGUGAGCGUGUCCCUCCUGCUUCUCUCACCAUUGUCUGAUGGCCUGUUCCACCAAGCCAUUGCUGAGAGUGGCACUGCUGCAAUGGAUUUAAUCAUGAUAAAUGAUCCUCUACCAAUAACACAGGUGGUAGCGAAUAUAUCUGGAUGUAGCAUCGAAAGCACAGAGAAGAUUGCUGAUUGUUUGAGAAACCUCGAUAUUGAUACAAUUGUGACUAUUGGGCAGGACCACACACUAAGAUUUUCUGUGACUGUUGAUGGACACUUCCUGACAAAACCUGUGGAUGAGCUGUUCCAUAAACAUGAACUUCUCACUGUACCGUUCAUGACUGGUGUUAAUAAUGAUGAAGCGGGUUGGUUACUUGCUGAAUUCUUUGCUCCUCCAAACUGGACUGAGGGAAUGGAUCGGGAGCAAAUUGUGAACAUGCUGUCCGCCUUUUACUCUGAUCCCAAAUAUGCAAUCAUCAGAGAUCUGAUGGUAGAUGAAUAUAUUGGAACUGGUGAAGAUCGUGUGAAAAAUAGAGAAGGGUUUACUGAGAUGCUUGGAGACGCAAUGUUCACCAUUCCAGCCAUUAAAGCUGCAAAUGCCCACAGAGAUGCAGGUGCCCCUGUAUACCUGUAUGAGUACCAGCAUCCUCCCAAAUUUCUGCAGGCAAAAAGGCCAAGCUUUGUUGGGUGUGACCAUGGAGACGAACUCUUUACAGUAUUAGGAUUCUGCUUCACUACCACUCAUGUUAAAUUAGCAGAUGCAUGCCCAGAAGAGGAGGAACAGUUAAGCAGAACCAUGAUGAGCUACUGGGGCAACUUUGCUCGCACAGGGUCUCCUAAUGGGGACGGCCUUGUCCACUGGCCAAAGUAUGGAGUAGAUGAAGAAUACCUGGCAAUUGGUAUAACAGAGCAGGUAAUUGGUCAGCACCUGAAGAAGGAUCGCUUUGUUUUCCUGACUCAGACAGUUCCAGAGAAGAUCCAACAACAUAUGGAGAAGAUGGAGCACAGCGAGCUGUAGAGCUGUCACCUCUCAUCUUUCUCUGUUCCAUCAACCUUUUUCAAUUCCUACAUUAAAGAAUAGGUUCACAUUUAUUCAAAUCUAUCUUAAAACAAUAGUCAGGUGCUUGCGUGAACCUUUAAACUGCAAGGUUUUACUUGAUGUAUCAUUCAUUUAUACUGACCGUUAGAAGAUCCAUCUCUAACAAGCUUUUAAUGUAAUUGAUGGGGGCCAAAUUCACAGUCCUUCUUCUGCCAGAAAAUGUAUUCAAAAGUUUAUCAGAAGCUAAUAUGAGACUUCAGCCAUCCAAAUUAGUCAAAUCAGGUAGAUAUCAUCCAAAGUUACAGUCCUUUUUUCAAAUUCCCCAGUUUUUGAUGCAAUCCUUCUACUGUAGCUCAGUAAGGAAACCCUGCCCAGGGAAACACAAAGAGGAAACUUUGUACUAAAAAGACUAACUUUGGAAGAUAUCCACUUACUCAUAUGGACAACUGAAGCCUCAUAUAGGCUUCAGGUGAACCUUUGGAUACAUUUUUGCCAGGAAGGAGGACUGUGGAUUUUGGCCCCUAUCACUUACAUUGAAAUCGCAUUAGGAAGGGAUCUCUAAUGGUCAGCAUGAGCAGGAGGAAUGACUACAGCAAGCAAAAACUCUUUCAGUGUUCAUAUAGGUAUCUCACUGUUGUUUCACGACAGACUAGAAAAACUGUGAACCGAACCUUUAACUGCAAACAAGUCAGCAAGAAGAGAUUGUCUUGACAUAACUUGACAAGUGCUCAGUUUUAAACAAGCCAGUAAAUUUACCAACCAGUCAUACCUUUUCACAUUCACAAAAAUGCAUUAGGUUGACUUUAAAACAUGGAAUAACGUCAACAAUAUACCAAGGUAUAUCAGUAGAAAAUGCAGAUACCCAGUGCAACAGAAGUGAAUGCAAUUGUUGGAAUAAAUCAUAGACUGUAUAAUGAAAUGAUAUGUACACAUGAGCACUAUGUCUGUCGGUACGAUAGUCACCCUUGCCCUCAUUAUAAGCAGAGAACACUGACAGACAUACAUCGUGAAGUACAUUUAAACUGUGAUACAACCGCUUAGCUUAGAAAAAAGUGAGUGAACUACAUAGUCAGUGACUACAAAUUUUUUUGAACUGAACAAAGUGAUUUGUAAUUUCCACCUCCGUAAAUAAUAUUAACUAAUCAGAAAUUAGUUUCAUCCUUGUGUGAAAGAGUUUCCAAAUGACUGUAGUACUUCAACAAUAUUUUAAAUUGAAUUUGAACACAAAAUGUUGACGUGACUUAUAUUAUUGCUGUUGUCACAGCCUGAAACUACAGGUUAAUUUUUAUGUUUUAGUUUGUUUUAUAAAAAAGGUUGGCUUUGUCCCAUGAUUAUAAAAAAGCAACAACUGAAAAUCUGAGUUGAAAAUGUAACGUGACAUCAUAUUUCCUGCUACAGAGCUGUAAAAAUAUGUGGUGAAACUUCCUUGUGUGUUUCAUCAUAUUUGAAUAAAAGUGAU